CCUCCUGGCCGUAAAGCCCUCCAGAUGCUCACUUCCCUUCCCCUCCUUUGAUAAUCGUCAUUUUACGUUUUUCUAUCGAUAAAAAACCAGUACCAAAGCAUUUAAAGUCAUGUUUUUCUAUAUACCCUUCGUUACUCUCGCCCUGUCCCUCGCUGCCCUCGCCGUUCCUCACGACAACAUUCACGCCCAUCGCCAUAAUGGCGUCGCUAAACGAGCUCGCGGAGACCUCAACACUUUUGUUAAGCGAUACGAUAACGCCAGAUGGACCUAUUAUGAUGUGGGGUUAGGUUCUUGUGGAUCCACGAGUGUCUCAACCGAUUACAUUGUCGCCCUCAAUUCCGAUCAAUAUGGGAGUGGGUAUCCUGGUCCUUACUGUUUCCAGACUAUUACCAUGACAUACGGUGGAAAGACGACGACUGCAACAAUUAUGGACGAAUGCCCCGGUUGUCCUUACGGAGGCUUGGAUUUGUCUCGUGGUCUCUUCGACUUCUUCGCCGAUGAAUCGGUUGGUGUCCUCUACGGGACGUGGACUUUCAACAGUGGCAAUUCAGGAACAUCUUCGAGCUCAUCAACCACUUAUGUGUAUACACCCACGACGACCAGUACCACUUCCCAGUGGACCCCCUCGACCACUAGCUCCAGUUCUCAGUGGACGCCAACGACCACUAGUACCACCUGGACCCCAACAACUACUUCAACGAGUUCCAUUUGGAGUUCGUCCAGCUCCAGCUCCAGUUCCACUUGGAGCCCAACAACAGCGUCUUCGUCUUCGACCUGGUCCUCCUCUUCCUCUUCCUCGUCUUCGGCAUCGUCGUCGUCGUCGUCGCCGUCGUCUUCUUCUUCUCACGAUUGGUCGUCAGCUUCUGCUUCCAGCACAUCGGUUUGGUCAACGUAUUCCAGCAAUAAUAUUGUUGUUCCAACCGGCACGGUUGAGGAGGGUACCAGUGACGAUCCACAGAUCCUAUCUUACAUCUAUCAGGUCGUGGUCAACGCGGCGGUCAUGGCGGUCCUGGGCGCCCAGGAUUUGCAGUAGAUGGAGUAAGGGGCCCCUUCUGACUCUAGCAGUCCCGAAGGAUGGCUUGGUUCCACCAUUAUUAUUAUUAUCAGCCUUUCAAACAUCGUUAUAUUCCCCGUUGAUCGUUUUGUGCUUGCUUGCGCUGCUGGAUACCCUUGAUUGUCAUGUUCAUUGAAUUAGCAUUUUUUUCGUCGAUAUAUCUUGACAUUUCUUACCUUGCAUCUUGCAGGACCUUGUUCUUCUAUCCAUGUGGGUUUAUUUAUGACAUAUAAGUAUAUCUUAACGUAUGUUCAUAAGACUGGCGCUUAUAAUAACAGUUUUGAAGUUGUUUGUGUGGCUGGCGGC